GGAAAAUCUCUUCCUAAAUAUCUCCCUGGAGGAGGCAGAGCGUCAUCAGGAGCCGCUUGAGUCAGGAAAGAAAGUGCAGCCAAAGGAACUGCAUGGGCUGCCGGCAGAGACGGACCUCCCCUUUAUGAAUGAUGCCCCAUGGAGGAAUGUGAAGGAUCUUCAGGAUGCCCUGCGGGAAACGACCAGGAGGAAGAUGGGUGUUCAAUCAUCCAGCUGGUGGGACCAGGGACCCCGGAAGAUGUGCAGCCAUCUCCACCAACUUUGCCGCCAGUGGUUGCAGCCGGAAAAACACACAAAGGGACAGAUGUUGGACCUGGUGAUCCUGGAGCAGUUCCUGGCUCUUCUGCCCCCAGAGAUGGAGAGCUGGGUGCGGGAAUGUGGAGCAGAGACCAGCUCCCAGGCAGUGGCCUUGGCUGAAGGAUUUCUCCUGAGCCAGGCAGAAGAGCAGAAGAAGCAGGGGGAGAUGCAGUUGCAAAGACUCAACUUGAAGUCUGAGAAUCCAGAGGAAAGAAGGAAUUGGCCCGAUCAUUCCGGGGACCCACUCUUCAGUGGGAUCUUCCAUGAAGAUCCAAGUCGGAGCACCUUAUCAGGGCAUGGAAAAUCUGCAUUCAUGGGUUCUUCUGUUUCUAGUGCAGUUGAAGAGCCACUUGAACACCGAACUCAGGUUCUUGUCUCUCUAGAGGAGGUGGCUGUGUGUUUCUCUGAGGAGGAAUGGUCUCGGUUAGAUCCUGCUCAGAAAGCCCUGUACAGAGACGUCAUGUUGGAAAACUCCAGAAAUGUGGCCUUUUUGGAGCAGUGGCGGCGAACCUAUGGCAUGCGUGUCAGAGGUGGUACACAGAGCCCUCUCUGCGGGCAUGCAUCGCCGCGCCAAGUUGCUUUCUGGCCAAAAGCAGACUUCCCACUUACAAAAUGGGAGGGAAAAAAUGGACUACUUGACUGCCGUCACCGAUCUCCCGGACCACGUGGCCCAGGCCCAGCUGCUCCCGGACUUCACCCGCUUUGCCGUUGCCGAUCUCCUGGACCACAUGGCCCAGGCCCAGCUGCUCCCGGACUAUGGCCACUGCUCCUGGACCAUGGCUACUGCUCCUGGGCCUCGCCCCCUUGCCUGCCAUCGCUGAUUGGGCCCAGCUGCUCCUGCUGUCGCCGAUUGGGCCCAGCUGCUCCUGCUGUCACUGAUCGAGCUCAGCUGCUCCCAGACCUCACCCACUUUGCUGUCGCCAAUGUCCCGGACAAUGUGGCCCAGGCCCAGUUGCUCCUGGAUCUCACCUGCUGCUCCCAGACCUCACCCACUAUUCCCAGACCUCGUCCACUGUUCCCAGACCUCGCCCGCUGCUCCCAGAUCUCAUCUACUGCUCCCAGACCUCACCCGCUUCCCUUCCAUCACCCAGCUGCUCCUGCUUUCACCGAUCGGGCCCAGCUGUUCCCGGACCUUGCCCGCUUCCCUGCCAUCGCUGAAAUUGCUUACAGGACUCCAAGUCUUGAAUACCCAGAAAUGAGCGCAGCAAAAAAAGCAGGUAGUGGAAGAUCAUUCCGAGAGGCCUGGACAGAGUCAUUUGGAAUGAUUGAACACAAUGGGAAAGCGUUAUGUACUUUGUGCAAAGAAAGUGUUGUGUGUCGUACAUCAAGUGUCAAGCGGCACUUUAACACCAACCACAAAAGCGUUGCCGAACUUGGUGCAACUGAAAGAAAAGAGUUUCUUGAAGGGAAAUUGAGGAACUAUCAUUUGCAGUCUCCUAGUUUUUCCGACUUUCUUUCUAAAAAAAAUCAUCUGACAGCUGCCAGUUUUCAAAUUUCACUGUGCAUAGCAAAACAUGGUAAGACCCUCUCUGAUGGAGAUAUUAUCAAGACGGCCAUGUUGUCUAAGUGUAAUUCCCUUUUUCAUGAUUUCCCAAACAGGGAUAAAAUUGUUAAACGCAUCUCUGAGGUGCCACUUAGCAGGAAUACUGUUAAAGAUCGAGUCCAGCGCAUGGCAAGUGAUGUUAAUCAGCAGCUCACCACUGACUUACAAAAGGCAGCCUGUUACUCCAUGUGCUUGGAUGAAAGUACAGAUGUAAAUAAUCAUGCAAGGCUAAUAAUAAUUUUGCGUUAUGCUGUUGGUGACAUCAUGAGAGAAGAGCUGGUGAAACUGGUGUCUUUGCCUGAAAGAACACAAGGGAUAGAUAUCUACAAAGCUGUGAUGGAGGCUUUUCUGUCACAAGGCAUAAGACCAGAAAAAGUGGUUUCAAUUACUAGUGAUGGGGCCCCUUCUAUGGUGGGGGCAACAUCUGGUUUCAUACAGUUGUUUGUUAAAGAAAUGAAGCAUAAAGUCAUUCAGUUCCAUUGUAUUAUACAUCAGGAAGCUCUUUGCGACAGGGAAAGCAGCAAAAGAAUUGACGAUGUUCUCAAAGUUGUCACAAAAAUGGUGAAUUAUAUCAUGUCUCAUGGUCUGAAUUUUCCACAGUUUCAAGUACUUCUUGAGGAGGUUCAGGCACAAUAUAAUGGUUUGUUUAUGCACAACAAUAUCCGGUGGCUGAGCAGAGGACGAGUCCUGGAGAGAUUUGUAGCCUGCUUGGAUGGAAUUAGGCUGUUUAUGAAUGAAAAAGGGCGGGAAUGUCCACAGCUCACUGAUAUGGCCUGGCUUACCAACCUCAUGUUUUUUACAGAUUUUACAGUACACUUCCAUGUACUGAAUGAGCAACUACAAGGUGUAGGGAAAACAGCAGAAAGGAUGUUUUGUGAUAUCAAAACAUUUGAAAGAAAACUGCAGGUUUUUGAAAGAGACCUUGAAAGUGGGCAGCUGAAAUAUUUUCCAAAUCUAAAAAUAUAUUUAGAAAAUUCUACAACAUUUGCAGACAAUCCUACAAGCCAUCAGGAAAUCUACAAGGAAUUUUCUAGCAUUGUAGCAGCUGCAAAGGUGGGUUUUACUAACAGGUUUUUAGAGUUCCGUAAAAUGGAGACAACCCUGUGUUUUCUUACUUCUCCAGAUAAAGUCAAAUUUGAAGAACUUGAUCUUUCCUGCUUACACUGGUUAGAUUUAGAAAAUCUGGAAAUGGAGCUAUUGGAAUUUCAAGAAAGCUCUAUGUGGAAAAAUAAAUUCUGUGACCUGCGUGAAACACUUGAGAAGAUGGAAAGGAUGACACAGGACAGCAUAGUUACUUCUGACACAGUCAGUUCUGAAAAUGAAAUUCUUAAAGUGUGGAAUUCUCUGCCAAAUAAUUUUAACUCAAUGAAAACACUUGGGAUUGCUUUCCUUACCUUGUUUGGGUCAUCUUAUGCUUGUGAGCAGCUGUUUUCAGCUUUGAAUUAUAUCAAACCUGACGCCAGAAACAAACUAACAGAUGACCUGGCUGCUGCAUGUAUGGCUCUCAAACUUACAAAGUAUGAGCCAAGGUUAGAAAAAUUAUCAGCAUGCAUACAACAGCAAAAGUCACAUUAAUCAAAAGCAUGACAAAUGCAAACUUUUACCUUUUGAUAAAAAGUUGUUUGUAUCAUUGAAAGCUGUUAUUGUGGUUUUUUUUAAAUAAAUAAAAUAAGUGGGGUUUGAGUUGCAGUUUGGGCACUCGGUCUCUAAAAGAUUUGCCAUCACUGGACUAGUGUCUAAACUUACAGAUGUUGGGCUUCCUUAUUCAAUCUGCCUGUCAGAUUAGGUAAUCAUAUCUCUUCAAUUCUUAUUCUUAACACUGGAACACCACAGGGUUGCGUGUUGCGUCCCUUAUUCUAUACCAGUAAUGGCUAACCUUUUUGUUGUCGUGUGCCAAAAGCAUAUGUACA